AUGAAACAAAACUUUCUGCCUUCUUUCAGUCUCUUCUCUCUUUCAACUUUUCUGCUUUCCUUCAUUCUUACGGUUCACUCUCAGUCUAGCCCAGAUGCCUUACCCAUGGAAGCACUGAGAGCCAGCCUAGGAAACCCAAAAUCAUUGGGAUGGUCGGACCCUGAUCCGUGCAAAUGGCGUCUCAUUACAUGCCGGAAUAACCGGGUGACCAAGAUCCAAAUCAGCGAGCAAAACCUGAGAAAUAAAAAACUUCCUCCAGACCUCAAGCAUCUCUCUUCUUUGACUGUGCUGGAGGUGGCCCGCAACUUCCUCUUAGGGCCCAUUCCAAGCCUCGCUGGGUUAAGUUCUCUUCAACAUGUGGACUUUAGCACCAAUAUUUUCACAUAUAUGCACUCCGAUUUCUUUUAUGGAUUAACCUCUUUAAAAUCUAUAUCUUUUGAUUGUAAUAUAUUAAUCUCUCCUUGGGAGAUACCUGAAAGUUUGAAAGACGCCCAAAAUUUGCAGAGUUUUUCUGCAAAUAUGGCUAGCAUUUCCGGUUUUAUUCCAGAUUUUCUCGGGGGAGAUACAUUUCCACAAAUGAGACAUUUGGAUUUGUCUUCUAACAAUCUCCAAGGACGAAUUCCCGCGAGUUUCGCCUCGUCUUCAAUUCAGACCCUUUGGUUCAGCGGCCUUAUGAGUGAGCCAAACCUCACUGGAUCACUGGAAGUGAUACAAAACAUGACUUCUUUGACUCAAGUCAGGCUGGAUAGUAAUCAUUUCACAGGUAUCGUUAAUCUGUCUCUGGAUCACCUUCCAAAGCUUGCAGCUAUCUAUUUGAAUGGUAAUUUACUCCAAGGUCCAGCUUCGAGCAUCAUUAAUGAUUCCAAGGUUGAUUCUGAUAUAGGAUCGAACAGUUUUUGCUCAUAUACUCCUGGAGUUUCUUGUGAUAAUCGGGUUACUAUUUUGUUGUCGAUCGCAGAGUCUAUGAGGUAUCCACUAGUAUUUGCACAGAGCUGGACAGGAAAUGAUCCCUGUGAUCCCUAUCAAAAAUGGAAAGGGAUCUCAUGUAAUGUUGAAGGAAAUAUUACUGGUAUUAAGUUCACAAAUUUGGGGCUUUCAGGUACAAUUUCUAGAAGUUUUUCUCAGCUUAAAUGGUUGAAGCAAUUGACUCUUUCCAACAAUGCACUUACAGGCACCAUACCACAUGAGCUCACAAAUUUGCCUCAUCUUGUCAAGUUAGAUGUGUCAAAUAAUUGUCUUUCAGGUAAAGUACCUAAUUUCAGAACAAAUGUAAAAGUUAACACUGAUGGGAACCCUGAUAUUGCAAAGCCAGGAAAUAAUAGUUUGAGUCCUCCAGGAAAACCAACUUUUAGUACUCCACCUAGUGAAUCUCCCAGUAGUAAUGGGGGCGGUAUAGGUUCCACUGGUAAAAGAGGUAAGAAUACAAAUAUUAGAAUGAUUGUGGGUUCUGUAAUUGGAGCUGUUUGUGGUGUCUUUAUUGUGGGAUUAGGUGUUAUUGUCUACACCAGAAAACCAAAGCAUUCAAAAGGCUGGAAAAUUUUGAGGAAUGUGACUAAUAAUUUCAGUGACAGAAACAUAUUGGGAAGAGGUGGUUUUGGGACUGUUUACAAAGGUGAAUUUCUGGAUGGGACGAAAAUCGCCAUUAAAAAGAUGAAACCUGGAUAUGAGCAGGGAUUCAAAGAAUUCAAGUCUGAAAUUGAAGUUCUUACUAAAGUUCGGCAUUGCCAUUUGGUGGCACUUCUUGGUUAUUGCCUGGAUGGAAAUGAAAGGCUUCUUGCUUAUGAAUACAUGUCUCAGGGGAGCCUUAGCCGGCAUCUUUUCAAUUGGAAAGAAAAGAGACAGAGACCGCUUGAGUGGAGCAGAAGGCUAAGCAUCGCCUUGGAUGUUGCUAGAGGUCUUGAAUAUCUACAUGGUUUAGCAAAUCAAAGUUUUAUACAUAGAGAUCUUAAACCAUCCAACAUUCUACUUGGAGAUGAUAUGCAGGCGAAGAUUGCAGAUUUCGGAUUGGCUUGCCUUGUUCCAGGAAAAGGAAAACAUUCAGUUGAGACAAGACUAGUGGGAACUUUUGGGUAUAUUGCUCCAGAGUAUAUAGUAACUGGACGAGUGACAACAAAGGUUGACGUGUUUAGCUUUGGAGUAAUGUUAAUGGAGCUAAUCACAGGUAAGAAAGCCGUUCAUGCAAUCAAUUCUGAGGAGACUGUGCACCUUGUCCCAUGGUUUCGCAGAAUGCAUAGUAACAAGGACACAUUUCGGGAGGCCAUUGACCAAACUAUUGAGCUAGACGAGGAAACCGUUGCUAGUGUAAGCAAAGUAGCUGAGCUGGCUGACACCUGCUGCACAAGUGAGCCUCACCAGAGGCCUGACAUGAAUCAUGUUGUCAAUGUUCUCUCAUCUCUAGUCGAGUCGUGGAGGCCAACAGUACCGGUUUAUAAUGACAUAUAUGGAAUCGAGAUUGAUAAGUUACAAACGUGCUGA